GAGAAUGCAUCGAAGAAUCCGCGUUUCGAUCAGAUUUUGUUGACGUUCAUGUUUAAAGUUUGUUCGUGAUUCAUCCUCUAUCUUGUUACUAUAUAUAAUUUCAGGGAAUAACAGUAUCCAUUAGUUAGGUCGGUGAAACGCGUUGAAUACAAAGAUCGGCAUCGAACGGGUAUUUGGACGGAGCAAUUUUCGUCCAUCGCGUUAGAGAUUCGGCAAUAAAGCGGGAGCGCGAUCGAGCGAAAUUACAGUGGCGAUUGUUCAAACUGACAGGAACAAGGCGAGCAUUGCGGCUUGAUGCCGGACCAAUUUUUACGCGUUAUCGUCUCGUGUCAGUGUCCAUCGGCUGCGUUUGAUUGCACUUCUGAAAGCAUAGCAAAAUACGUUUUCCGCGCGUGAUUUCGAUCAAUGUCAUCGCCGAAAGCUUCGAGAAAUCAAAAACGCUCGCGCAUCUCGAGCGCGUUCAAUUGAUAGUCAACGUUGAUUUCCUUUUCGUCAUUAAUAAUAAUUAUAUCCUCGAGAUAAACAUAGGCACCGUUCUUUUAUGCUGCUUUCAGCCAGAGAUUUAGACUUUUUCCACUUUCUCUCGUGGAAUCAAUAGACGCGCACGUUUAACGGACCGUAACGUAUUCUAUGAACUUUCAUCUUGGAAUUUCUAAUAUAAGAAAGUUUGGGAUUGCAUUAAAAACAAUCUUAUUAAAAUAUUUAUUCUUUUUUCUUCUCUUUUAUUAACAAUAUUUCGAUAGAAGAUAAUCGAUCUAAAUAUAUUUAUCUGCUCAAUUGUAAAUAAUUUAUUUUUUUGAAAUUUAUUUAAAACUCGUACACAUCAUUUUUUAUUAUUGAUCUUAUAACAACGAUUCGGAAAUUAGAAGAUUGCUUGAACGAACAACGUAUUUGAUCGAAACGAAUCGAAUCUUACGCUAUGCAAUUGUUGUAAUAACAACUUCGAGCAAAACAAGAUGAGACGUUACAUCGUCGUUUCCUGUUUUAACCGCGCUCGGCGAAAGCAGUGAAAGUGAAGAAACGGUAAGGUUGCCAUGGUUCACACGAAAUUAACGAGAAUCGAUUUUUUUCUCCCUUAAUAUAGGAAAAAAAAAAUCUUCGACUAAUAUUUAAAUAUAUGAGGAAUCAAACGAAGAAGAAUCUUAAUUUUCGUCUAUAACGGGCAAGAAUAGAUUGGCACUCUAUUCACGUUUGAUUUAUUUGUCAGUUAAGGAUUGCCGAAAUUCCGUAUACGCGUGUCCUUCCGAGAUGAUAUAACGGCUGAAUUUCGUCUUGAAUUUCAGUCACGUGACUUUGGAAACUCGAUACUGCGAUGUCCAAACGUUUCGGUUUGCCGAAUUAUAUCCUAUAUUCUAUAUUAUAUUCUAUAUAACACGUAUAUAAUAUAUUCUAUAUAUAUAUAUCGAACGAGAUUUUUUCUUUAUUUUUUGCAAAGACAUUUCUAUCUCUCGAUUAUUUCGUCUCGUCAAACACGUGUAAUUUUAAACGAUUCGAAAAUGGACGAGGAAGUACGUGAACUGGCGGCUCGACAACCGCGUCAAUCCUUCGAUUCUCUUUUCUUCGCAUCGUUCGAUAUCGUACGACGAAUUUCGUUUCGAUCGGAUCGAAAAGCGAUCCGUCUAUUCAAACGGCGCUCGACAACGAAUCACCGAAAAGUGGAGAAAGAAAGGAGGGAGGUCGGGUGAUGGAGAGGUGACUCUCCGAGAGAUGAAAAAAGUAGAGGGGGGAGAAAAAUAGGGAUAGGGGAAAAAAAGUGCGUGGACGGGAGGAGGAAAUUCUCUGGAUGCCGCAAAAGCUUCGAAUCUCGGUAUCCCGUCGGAUCGAAAAGUAGAUCGACGAAUGAAUUCUGCCCGUGUAAUCUUUAUCGAUACAAGGCACAAUCUCUCUUUUCGGUCGCUGCGUUCGUAUCGCUUCGUAUCGUUUCGUUUCGAUAACGGGUCGGGACUUUAGCUGAUCCGUUCUCUCUCUCUCUCUCUCUCUCCGUCUUGUAUCGGUAUCUCGUUACACUUUCCUUCUCCCUCUGUCUACGUUCGGUGAGCAGCUUAAUCGUAUUUUACGGCAGAUCACCCCUAUCGUUAUUCUUUUUACUCGAUUUUUUUCACACCAAUUCGCCGGCUGUUAUCGUCGUGGACAGACACACACGUUUCAACGUGGCGCCGGUUGCGCCGUCGGCUCGAUCGCCCGUUAAAUCCGCGGCUUUAUCGGAAUUUCUCUUUCUCCCUGUCGUUCGCCCGACUUCGUUUCACCCGAUUUUGAUGAAAAAUCGAAAGUCGGAUCGUUUCCAACAACGCUCAUCUUUGUCUCAUCGCAAAAAGAAAAAAAAAAUUCGUCUUUUUUUGCUUUUGUGAUCGAUAACUCGCAUUGAAAAAUCGAUAACGAAGGAAUAUUUUUUUGUGGCGAGGAGAAAAAGAGGCUAUUAUCGUUAUACGUAACGAUCGAUGUUGAUCGAAAGUUGACGAAUUCUUUUUCCCGAAAUUGACGAACCGACCGUCAAAGUCGAGCGACGCGGGAGAAGGAACGAAGACAGAGAGGCGAAGCAAAGCGGGUUUCUGCGCUGGUCGAGAGUGGGACGAGAAAAAGAGUGAGACGGAAAAGAUUCGGUUUUCGGUGGUGGGAAAUGUCAAAGGUGGAGAAAGAGGCGAAGCGUUCGAGGAAGAAAGGAAAGCGGACGAGCGUGGAGUGGCGCGUGGAGCGACGCGACUGGAGCGCGAUCGAGCGGAAGAAAGAGAGAAAGAAAGCGCAACGACUCGUAGGAAAUUAAGGAGCAAGGUGGAAGAGCGAGAACGAAGGAAGGAAAAGUGCGACCUGUACUGUGCGCACACUCACGCACGUCUCGGUUUCCCCUACCAUCGCAACUGGCCGGUUACACGAGCGAGGUGGCCGAGGAGACGGAGAGCCAACGAUAUAUAUCAUCGUAGCGUCGUCGCUCGGUACACACACUUUCGUAUUUAUCGGGCGAAGAAGGGGAGGAAAGGCCACGGACGGUAUCUUCGGGCCAGUGCGUCCCGAGAUUUUGCGGUGAGAGGAUCGUAUAAGUUUUUAUUUCGCUUUUACUUCGUUCUCCUCUCCCUCCCGCCACCACUUCUUCGUUUCUUCGACGAUUUUCUACCAUUUUUCUUCACGCCGUUAUCAGGAAAUCCACGCCCCCAACACCCCCGACAUGGCUUCGGCAAUCAAGGCGUUGUUGAUCGUUUGCGCUCUCCUUGUCUACACCGUUACGGCAGAAACGGAAGAAGGACAGAGUGGAAGAUCGCGGGUCUCCGACGAGCAAUUAAAUAUGGCCUUGAGCGACCAACGUUACUUGAGAAGACAGCUGAAGUGCGCGUUGGGCGAGGCUCCAUGCGACCCGGUCGGGAGAAGAUUGAAAAGUUUAGCACCACUGGUUUUGAGAGGCGCCUGCCCGCAAUGUAGCCCCGAGGAAACACGACAGAUCAAGAAGGUCCUUUCACACAUUCAACGAACCUAUCCAAAGGAGUGGUCGAAGAUAGUGCAGCAGUAUGCCGGAGUUUCGUAAGACUUCGGGAUAAUGGAAGCGGCUAAGAAGAAAACAACUGUAUGCUGGAUACACCCUAUAAAGAGAAAAAAUAUGGAAACAGCAGGAGGAUCUGUUUAGAAUAGUCGAAUAUCGAUGAUAUUCAAUAUUUAACCUCCCUUUAUCUUUCGACAAAGAUAUCGAGCUCACCAGCAAAUAUUCCGAUUAAUCCGUUAAGCGUAUUUUAUAAUACACGUGUACAUCGUAAUAAAGUUUGUUUUACGAAA